AUGAGUCUACUAUUAGAGAAGUCUGUGCAGCUUGUGGAUGGAGCUGGUCUCUGCUCUGGGAGACUGGAGGUGAAGUCCAGUCAGUCCUGGGCCUCAGUGUGUGAAGCUGACUUUGACCAGCAGGAUGCAGAGGUAGUCUGUGGGGAGCUUGGCUGUGGGGCUCCUGCAGCUCUACAGGGGGGGCUCUAUGGAGAAGGUGAGGGUCAGACCUGGGAUAAAGAGUUCCAGUGUAAAGGCAAUGAGUCCCUUCUCCUGGACUGUGACACCUCAGACAGAAAAAACAACACCUGCCUACCUGGUAAUGCUGUUGGACUCACCUGCUCAGAGCCUGAUGAUGUGAGGCUGUUGGGAGGAGGCAGUCGCUGUGCUGGUGGAGUGGAGCGGUACAACCAGGGAGAGUGGAGGACUGUGGGAGCUGAUGACAGGAAGAAGGAGGCUGUAGCUGCAGUAGUGUGUAGACAGCUGGGUUGUGGCUCCACUGUUUCAGUACUACCUGGAAACACCACUAGAGGGUUUGAAGUUCACUGA